AAAAAGUAUAAAUAUAUUUCUAUGAGUCUUCGCAUCUGUGUGAGCGUGUGCGCGAGCGACAAGCUCGAGCGCUUCAUUUCGAUUCACCGGGGACUCCUGCGCGCAACAAGAGCCCCCCAUGGGUGCAAUAGUGCAAGCACAGACGGCGGUGAUUGGCCAGAGGUUGAUCAGAUGGUACACUUCCCCUCUGUAUUCAGUGGCACCUCACAACCCCCCCUUUCAGCAAAAACCAAAUCUCCGAUAAAGUAAUGGCAAAACCACUUGGACUAUAAAAGACAACAAAUCAUAUUCCUCCGGAGUAUAUACACCCCGUUGUCCACCCAAUGAGUUCCUAUUUUGUUAACUCAACUUUUCCCGUGUCUCUGCCGGGAGGACAGGACUCUCUCCUGGGUCAGAUACCGCUUUAUUCCUCGGGAUACACCGAUCCGUUAAGACACUACUCCAACGCGGCCACAUAUGGAGCAGCCAACAUGCAGGAGAAGGUUUACCCGGCGUCUUACUACCAGCAGACGGGCGCAGCGGCCGCGGCCAUCUACGGCCGGGCCGGCGGCGGAGCGCCCUGCGACUACAACCCGGUCGGGACUUUCUACAAGGACGCGGAGGGCUCGUGCGCUUUCUCGAGCCGCGAGGACCAGCCGCUGUUUGUCACUCAGGAGCAUCAGCAGCGCAAAGCGGAGUGCCCGGAGCAAGCUGUCAGCAUGAGCAGCAGCAUCGACGACAAGUCGUCCACGCUGAUCUACCCGUGGAUGCAGAGGAUGAACGCCUGCUCCGCCGGCCCGUUUGGCAGCAGCGGCCGCAGGGGCCGACAGACCUACACCCGCUACCAGACUCUGGAGCUGGAGAAGGAGUUCCACUUUAACCGCUACCUGACCAGGAGGCGCCGGAUAGAGAUCUCCCACGCCCUGUGCCUGACGGAGAGACAGAUCAAAAUCUGGUUUCAGAACCGCAGGAUGAAGUGGAAAAAGGAGAACAAACUCCUCAACCCCUCAAAGACGCCCGAGGAGGAGGAACAGGCGGAGAAAAAGAGCUAAAAGGACACUUAAAUUCAAAUCAAAUAAAAUAAAAGGCAUGUGUGUGUGUGUAUGUGCACACUCCUGACAUAAAAAAAAUAAUGUAUUAUUCCUUUGUAGAUACAAAGUGCUGCCAAAUCACAUGUUAGAGACGUGUAGAGUUUAUUCCAGUAUCUGCACAGUGACUGUGUCCGCAUUAGGUUAAAAAUCAGAAACCAGGUCCUCCUCUGUUUGUCCUGUGUGUGCUCGUGCGUUUAUUUAGGGGACUAUGCAAAAAAAACAAACAAAUAAAAUCAAAAAAUUUAAAAAAAAAUCCACCAAAAUGUAAAUAAUUUUUAGUGUUUGGUUCAUGUUGUUACCUCAUGAUCGUGUAGGCCUACUGAGUUCCUUUCUUUGUUUAAAUUUUGAUUUUAUUUUGACAUUAAAAGAGGAGUUUUCGUCCUUUUAACUGUACAUCCUGUGGCUGUGGUCGCUCUGUGAUAGUCUGUAGGCUUGUUUUGUGCCAUUAAAAAAAAGAAAAGAAAGAAAUUUGUACAGAUGUUACAUGUUAUUUAUUGUUGUCUUCGAUGCACAUCUGGAUAUUGUGUGCAAUAUUUUGUUUAGGAAAUUGUACAUAGAAAUAAAGGCUUUUUGAUGUA